UGUUAUAGAAUCUCUCGCGGCGUUUCCGAAAUACGCGUUCGACAAUCAAAAUAAUAAUCGGCAAAGCUUCUGCGCGAUUUCCGGGAUUUCUCCGUCGUUAAGUAUUCAGUGAAACAUAAAAUAUAGUGUCUAGUGUCCAAUUCGGGAAUAUCAGCGACUCCUGAGUUGUUCGCGGGGGAAGUGGCCUUUGUUAUUUGAUAAGGUUCUCCGUGGCCAAAAAAGCGGCGACACGAAAACGGAGCAUCGGUUUAUUUGUGCGCGAAUAUGUUCCUGCGAUUGGAAAAUGUAAUAGAAAUGCGUCGAAAAUGUGAUAGCUGAAACCGGGCGUCACCGCAUGUCGCAAACGAAAAGAGUAACACGAGUGUGCAAGUGUUUCGAAGCUGCUACGAGAGGAGGAGCAGGCCCGGGGUGGCAUCAGGUAUCGGCGGAACAACUAUAUGGUGAAAUUCGGUGUAGCUUGAUCGAAGAACGAACGUCAGCACACGGAGCACGGAAAAUUAAAUCGGAUUUUCGGGAAAUUUGUUAUCGUUUGGUGUGCGCGGUCGCGAUUCCCAAUAAAAUGCGAAUUAGCAUGCGACGGAGGAUGACCGCGGGAGUGCGCGUAACACGGCUGAGGGAUGAAGAGGGAGCAGAGGGUUGCAAACCGGUGUCGGAGGGGUCGCGAAAGCGCGCCAGUCGACGGCAGUCGACGGCGAGACUUCGCCCGUGCAGCUUCUACCUCUGUUCCUCUCUCGCCCCCUGCCUCGUCUGUCGUCUAUCUGUGACUUCUUUCAUCCCCGUGAAAUUUCCGUUUUGCAAUCGACCCGUGGAAUUGAAUAUCGCUCCCUUCGCGCGAACGUUUCUGCGAAAUAAUUCGCAGCGAGAGGGAGAUCACGUGACAGUCGCGCAAAAGACGCGGGACCGUCGUCGCGAUACGAUCGAGGGUGACAUCUGCGGAUCUUCGCUUCUUCGUGGGACGAGAUCGUUUGAUGUAGAACCGUGGAGCUAUGACGAGGACGACGCGCCGAUUUUUACUGUUACUGUUGCAGAUGCUGGUGGGCGUCUGUCAUGGGAUUCAGCAAUUUGAAGAAAUGCCACAAUACACCGAAGUCAAUCCUGGCCAAGACGCGAAGCUGGUGUGUCGAGUCCUCGGAAAGAGAGGCCAGUGUAUUUGGCAGAAAGAUCAAAAGCCGAUAGGUAUGCAUUUGAAGAAAUACGAGUGGGUAGGCUCGCCAGACAUCGGUGACUGCUCGUUGUGGGUAAGAUCGGCCACUUUGGAGUUCGAUGACGGACUCUGGCAGUGUCAAGUGACCGCAAGUGAUUUCACGACGCAAGACGCGUUAGCAUCCGAACCAGCGAGGCUGGUCGUCAGAGUCAGCCCUCAGCGACCGCAGAUAGAGUACACCGACCGUCUAAUUCUCCCCGGCAGCAACGUGACAGCCCGAGCAGGUGAGAUCGCUACGCUCACUUGCAGAGCGCGGUAUGGGAAUCCUUCGCCUCUAAUUAAAUGGUACGUGGGCGAGACCGAGCUGAGGACGUUGCGGCCUCAGGUAAACUCAACCGAGAUAGAUAAUCCGCGCACUUGGGCGACCUACAGUAUUUGCGAGAUUUUGGCCGAGCGAUCACGUUACGGCCAGCCGAUCAGAUGCGUCGCCAUUCAUCCGGCGUACGCCAAUCCUACCAUGUCGUCCAGCACCGAAGUGAGGUUCGACGUACGAUACGCGCCGGAGACGAGAUUAGUCGGCGUCCCAACCGGCCAGCUCGAGGAAGGCCGCGAUAAGCUGGAAAUUCGAUGUCUCGCUGACGCUAAUCCGCCGGCUUCGAUACUCUGGAGGAAAACGAAGAGUCCCGGCGUGACCGAGGUGGCCAGUAUCGGGGAGACCCUGAUGUUCUCCCCAAUUUACAGAAAUCACGCCGCCGUUUACCUCUGCGAGGCGUCGAACACCGAAGGAGAGAGCAGUCCGGUUAUGGUCCAAGUGUCCGUAAACUAUCCACCAAUGAUCAGUGCAGUCGGGCCAGAUCGACUGACAACUGCAUUGUUGUACUCUGGUGCAUCAUUCGAAUGCCAUGCUGAUGCGAUGCCGCCGGCUGAGUACAGAUGGGCACAAGUAUUCACGGACGGCCGGAUGCCGUUGGAAUGCGGAACGGGGCAUCGAUUGAUCCUGACGAACGUGACGUACGAGCAACAGGGUCAAUAUAUAUGUCUCGCCUCCAACAAGAUCAAUGGCAACGUUAGGGAAGUUAAAAGCGACCCUGUGUCUCUGCAAGUGGUCGGCGCUCCACGGGUGGUGAAACCGGCCAUCACAGAGAAGUUCGUCGUCGUAACGACGGAGGGUAGCCCAGCCAGAUUAGAGAUCAGACUGUGCUCCGACCCGAAGCCGAAGUUCGUAGCCUGGGAAUGGGGCAGCACCAGACUGCACGCCGGUGAAGUUCUGGAACCGCGUUAUCGUGCGCUCGAUCUGGAGCCGCUGGCUUCGGAGGAUUGUUACGUAGCGAUCUUAGAGUUGACAAGUACGGUAAAAGAGGAUCAAAGGCUGUAUCACGUUAUCGUGGAGAACGAUCGUGGCAGUGACAGACGAGCGCUGAUGUUGAAAGUCGAUGAGCCCGGCCAGAUCCCGCUCGUUAUCGGCGCGGUGGCCGGAUUCACAGUGCUCUCGGUGCUGAUAAUGGGAUUCGUUUGUUUCCUACGUUCGGAUAGAUGCUGCGUAGCCAGAAACACAGUACCGGCACUGCAGCAAGUGCAUUGUACAAAGGCUUCCAACGCUAUGAUAGAGGAUCCACGUUUGGCAGUAGAUACGAUGGAACGCACGAGUCAGCAGUUCGUUCCGGAGAAGCGAGCCAAUCAUGUUCUGAAACCCGUCCCAUCGCAGCAAUACCAGCAGGAAUGCUAUCAACACGACCAACAUCAACAACAACAUUAUCAGAGGCAUCAUCACCAUGGGCAGCCUCACGGACAAUACACAUUGCAGGAAAAAUUCCUUCUACAGGACGAGGAACGGGACACGCUAAAUCGGAUUAAAAAAGGCAAGGAACGAGGAGCGCAAACUUUCCACCUUUUCUCCCGGAAAGAUCUUGAAGGUUUUAUAUAUAAAUAAAAGGGAUUGUGUAUUUGUUUUCUCUCCCGAUCUACACGACCAACGUGGAAAUGUAAAAAAUAUAUAAACACACGUUAUAUACGCUUUAAUGUGUAUAACCAGACGCAUUCUACAUCGAUAGAUCGUCCGAAAAUUUGUUGGUACUUUUUCGCCGAUGAAAUGACGCGCGUAAAAAAAAAAUCAUCCUCGCUCGCGAUUUUACGCGCGUAAAAAAUUUAUUACGAUGUUAUUAUACGAUCGUUUAUUAUAUAUAAUACGUAUAAACUAUGCGAUGACAUUGGGACGACGCUGUAACCAUUAGAGAAGUGUUUUUAGAUCCAACGUUAAAUUAAAAUACUUAUGCAGCGACACGCGCUGUUCACAAGUAUCGAACGUAUCACGUUCUCCGAUCGCGAUAGUCGCUUGAGUGAUUUAUGCGCUCGGUAGGGUGCAUUACGCAUGCAUUUGGUUGCAUCUAGUUCCUGGGUGUCCCUCAACCAAUUACCGCUGUGUCCUUGUUUGUAAUUUAAUUUAGAUAGAUGUACAUAAGUAGACCGUGCCGACGAUAUAAUGCCGCCACCAUCCUAUCCUAUGUCGAUUGAACGCGCGGUUUUCCCGUUUUACAGAGAGCGUACCGUAUAUCUUAUUUUUGUAAAAAAAAAAAAAAAUCACCGAAUUAACCGAAUCGAACGGAAUUCGUUCUGCUUGAGAUUGAAGUGCUUAAUCUUGAACAGAGAAUUCCUAUCGAUUCGGCCGAGUUGGCUCAUUUCUCGCGCGGAUAGCUCAUCUCGUGUUGUUUUGAUUUCGCUUCCAUCCAGAAAGGAGCGUAUUCUCUGCAGCCGCGCGUCCUGCGGGAUUCAAGAACGUAAGACUGAACUCGGCCGAGAUCGCCGAAUUACGCUUUAAGUAGCAGCGCUUACGACGGCGGACGACCGAUCGCGCAACGAGAUCAUCCAAUCGUUUCGAAAACGUACAAUAGUUGUAAUUAAUUAUUACGCGAAACUCGUUACUGCCGUAUCCAAUAUACUGCCUCCAAAAAAUACUGCCUCUCUUUGAGAAAAGAAAAAAAUUGUAGGCGCGAUUAGUAAAUAUCAAAUACAAUAUUGCAAAUGCAUUUUUCUGAUACAUUUAUCAAUUGAAUUAAUAAAAGUGAGCACAAUCUUGGCGCAGAAAAAAUUCCUUCCACAGAAUGAGAAACACACGGAACAUGUUAAAUCGGAUUUAAAAAAAAAAAAUCAAGAAACGAGGAGCGCGGGUAACU